AUGCGAGAGUUCCUGUAUCUGGACCAGUCUACUGGAGAUGGAUUCCUUAUUUUUGUCGUGGAGGAGGUCGAUCUGCUAAGUUGUACGGUGGUCGCUUCAGGUGUUGUGAUGCUUGGUUCCUUGUUCUGGUUCCUGUUUUGUGGCAGUGCUCCUAUUCUGGAGUGGAUCUCGGUCCUGGCUGGUGGUUCCUUUGCAGGAGACCUUUCCAAAGGAAUUAAAGUAGUUCAGAAUGGCAUUGUAAGCCGCAAACUACUCUCCUGCUGUGUCGGGAAAUCCUUGCCUCCG